AUGCGUAAGAGGUUUCACGGUUUGAAGAAACCUAAAGUCCGAGCCGACUGGUCAAAAUGGACCUUGUAUAACAUUUCGCGCCUACAAACUCCCUACGCCGCUUCAAAGACCUUCUUCCAGCAGAAAUGGCUGGCCAAAUCGCUCACCCGUGCCUACCACGGUGAGCAAAUCCGUGAAGGAAAAUGGACCCGCAUGUUCGACCGUCGCCUCCCCGCUGUUGUGCCUAUGGACUACAAACUCCUCGCCCGUACAGACGGUUCAGAGCAGGCUGCUGGCCGUGGCUCUGGUCUCAACAUCUCAAAGAAGAAGGACGACGAUCGAUCGGAAACCAGAGAGAAAGCACCGCAAAGGACGCCUUACAUGCACAUGACAUAUUUCCCAACCGAGCGCAGACUGGACACGGCCGUGUGGCGUGCCUUGUUCGCCAGUAGUGCUCGUCAGGCAAGGCAAUUCGUAGUCCACGGCUUUGUCAAGGUCAAUGGAAAGAAGAUGAACCACCCUGGCUAUCUCCUCAACCCUGGCGACAUGUUCUCAGUAGAACCCGAGCGCGUUCUUUACGCCACUGGCGCUCGUAAGCACAAUAAGAACAACCCCGACACACUACAAGGCCGUGAAGAGUCAGACGAGGUCGGACAGAUCGUGGAUGAAGAUGCAGAGGAUCUUGUAGAUGGCUCCGAGAGCAAGAAGAAUGACGAGGCCUCCAAGAAAUCCAUCAAGACCAUUGAUCUGGCCAACGAGGAUCCCAAAGCCGCUCUCAGAUCGUUGCUCGCCCGUGCUCAAGACAUCACGAGAGAUAGCAAGGAAGGUUUAUCCGGAAAGCGCAAGCAGGAUCUCCGCGCCUUCGCCAAGUCAGUCAAGCAGACCAUGUCGCGUCUCCGGCCUUCCGGUGCUGCUAAGCCUGGUACCGAGACAAUCGACACAUUGGAGGAGACUUUGAACGCCAUCGCUGCCAAACUGCCCGCCGAAGGUGCACCUGCUGAAGCAGCCCUGCCAGACCAGCAACAAAAGCAAGCCAAGAAAGAAGACGCUUUCCGUGCUCGCAAGGAUGCCGAACUACUACACGCCGCCCUUGCGCGUGCCAACGAGAACCCGAUUGAUGCAUCAAAGCCCUAUGCCACACCAUGGAGGCCGCGUGAGUUCAUGAGCGCAUUUGCAUUCAUCCCGCGGUACUUGGAGGUCAACCAGAAGAUCUGCAGUGCUGUCUACCUCCGUCACCCGGUAGCUAGACCUGGAUUGGCAGAAGUGCCCACGCCGUUUGCCAACGAGACAAUGGCUCUAGCGUUCAACUGGUACCUCCGCAGACGUUAG